UCCAUCUUGAACCUGAACUUGUCAGCCAGGUGCCAAUACUGCCAAUUUUUAGAAUGGAGUAACGGCAAACACGGCAGCGCGAGCACGAGUGCGGAGCGCGCGGUCUAUGUCUAUCAAGGUGGAUGACGAUGGAUUUAGUUGGUUAAUUAAAAAUAUAAUUUUCCAAGAGCUUAAAAUCCGUAAUAUGUCGAAUGAAUUCGUGCAUUCCAUUACGGUCCCACGUAUUUACAAAUUCACGGCCGACAUCGUGCGCCGCGUGCGAGAGAAUGGUGCCAGCCUGAAAACUUUGAUUUACGAGAAGAAGCACCCCAAUGUGGCCGGCAUAUACGGCCUCGCGGUGAAUACCUUACAAGCGCUAUCUCAGUUAGAUCAGCUACUCGACAAGACCCAAAUUCUAACGGAACAACCGCGUUUGAAUCCCUGGCUAGCCAGAGUUCUCAUAACGGAGCUUUUAUGGCGCAAGGGAUGUCUCAAGAGCCACUCCAAGCCAGUCCUUACCAUCCUAACUUACGAGAACAAAUUACGGGAAGAGUCACAAAGUCUCGGCUGUAUAGAAACUCUCGUCGCUCAUAGAGGAAAAGUGCAAAGGCCUAGAUAUGUCCGUGUCAAUACUCUUCUGUUAUCAGUGGAAAAAGCUAUUUUUUUCCUUCAAAAGGAUGGAUGGCAAUUAUUACCUAAAAGUACAACAUAUCCUUCUUAUCUACAAUCCUUAUCACAGUUAGCAAAGCCGUAUUUUAUACAAGAUCUGCAUGUACCAGAAUUGUUGGCUUUUCCACCCUCGACAGUCUUUCAUGAACACAGUGGCUAUCAAAAUGGCGAGCUUAUUCUUCAAGAUAAGGCUAGUAGUUUGCCAGUGCACUUAUUGGAUCCUAUUAAUGGUUCUGUAGUGCUGGAUAUGUGUGCUGCGCCCGGCAUGAAAACUACUCAAGUAGCAGCAAAACUGCAAAAUUACGGGAAAGUUUAUGCUGUGGAGGUUAAUGCUAAAAGAUUUGAAAUCUUACUCAAUCAGAUAAAAAAGACUCGUUCAUUUUGCGUGGAACCUCUUAAUCAAGAUGUCUUAACUCUUGAUCCAAAACUAUAUUCACAUGUGGAAUACAUUCUAGUCGAUCCAUCUUGUUCUGGUUCAGGCAUAGUUGACAGACCGAAACAGAACAAUAUGGAUGGUAAGCCCGAAUCAAAGCGCUUACAAAAUUUACAAGCGUUCCAAGUUUAUCUUCUUAGAUACGCGCUGUUCAACUUUCCAAAUGUAAAGAGAAUAAUCUACAGCACAUGUUCUCUACAUCCCGAGGAGAAUGAGCAAGUAGUAGACCAAGUUUUGGCCAAUAUUGGUAACGCUUAUCAUCUGUUACCAGUUAGACAAUUGCUCAAAAAUAAUUGGACAAACUUUAGCUCGAAAAAAUACAACUGCGGAGAUAGAUGUUUGUAUUCGAAGCCAGAUGAAGAUUUUUGUAAUGGUUUUUUUGUGGCGAUAUUUGAGAGGAACUUUGACGUGACUCUACCUAAGUGCAAACUCAAAGGAGGUAACGAAUAUAGAAAUCUCGUUGAGGCUAACUUGGAUGUCAUGGCGAAAACAACCGUGGAUAAACGAGAGAAAGACGAAAAGGAAAAAAAGAAGGAGAAGAGAGAUAAGAAAAAGAAGGACGAGAAAGAGAAAGAAGAAAUUUCAACAAGUGAUGAACAAAUAAAGACAUCCAAAAUAGAUAAUAAAGUAAAGACAAAAAGAAGUAAAAAAGAAGUAGAAAAAAUGAAUAUUUACAGCAAUUUAUCCAAUUUUAAUAACAAAUCAGCAAUGAAUAAAUCAAAAGAUAUUCAAAAGGAGACACUAGAAAACAUGGGAUUGAAAACAUCAAGGAAGAAGAGAAAAUCAAUGCAUGAAAAUGCAUUUCAGCUGGAAAUUGAUUAUGAUAGUCAAGAGCAAAAUAAGGAAACUGAAACUAAACUGUCAAAGAUAAAAAAGAAAAAGAAAAAAGAAAAUAAAUCGAUCAUUAAGAUUGAUAAAAUUUAUUUUCAAAAACAGGAGCCGGAUGAAGAAUCUGUAAUUGGACUAUCAAAGAAGAGAAAAAGAAAUAAAUAGAAUUGGUAAAUGAGAAAAAAAUAUAUUUUUUGUGUCAUUGAUGUUCUUCUUUAUCUCAUAUUUAAAAACGUACGUAUAAGGUAUAUCUAUAUAUAUGACAUUUAAAAAGUUGCUAAUAAUAAUAUAUAUAUAAGAAUAUUACAUGUUGAUUAUAGAUGACUUAUUUUGUUAGAAGAUAAAAGUUUUCUAUGUAGAAAUCUACUUUUUCAUUUACAUUAGACUUGUUGGCUGUUUUCUAUUCCUGGAUUGGAACUUUCUUGCUUUUGCCAAAUACUAAAUAUAUAUCUAUUUCACUUUAAGUGCAAAAAGUGUAUGUACACUAUUUCGAUAUAGAAAACAGACUCAUCUUCAGUAUCAUUAAUUUUUCUUUUUUCUUCCUCCAUCUUUCGAUCAACAAUAACUAAUUUAUUAUUAAUUAUAUAGAUUGUUACAAAAGGUAGAAAAGAGAACCAUUAUUUGUUCGCUCACACUAUUGCCGACGAUCAAUAACUGUUCUUAAUUGAUAACUGAGAAGGAUGCAAAUUGCUUUUUUACCUAUUGUUAAUACAUGCUCGUUGAUAAAAUGAAA